AUGUUGAAAGAUGCCCAUCAUGAUGCCGAACGGAGGAGAUACCUAGGUGUUGUUGUGUACGAAGUCGGUAGAGUACUAUGCUUCGCUUCUCUUCUCUUACACCUGAAUUCCAAGGCACAUACCAACGUCCAACCUCAAGUCCUCAACCCCCAGGGGAGUCAGGACCGUGCCCUCGGUGCCUUAGGUAAGGGAAAACUACGGACCUCAAGUCCGACCCCCCGUGCCCCUGAUGACGGGCGGAAAGCACUGGCAGUGGCAGGGUGCUUUGACACUUUCCCGCUCGCACCCACCCAGAGACCGAGGGGGACCGCAGAGACCGAGCCUCGAGUGAGUGGGGGGUUCCAGCCAGUUCCCGGCGCUGCUUCCCAAUUCCAGUACGAUUGCCCCGAAGAGCCCCAGCCAACCCGAACAUAUAUUUGAUAACCUGGUCGUCGCUCUUUGAUCGAUUCCUGGGAGCACAUCA